UGUGUCUCCCAUGUUCAAAUCUCACCCUUUAAAAGACCUCCAAAUCCAACAUUAUCUUCCCCACAUGACUAUCUAAUUCCAUCCAAGGAAAAUCCAACCUUAAAAAUGUCGACCACUUCAAAAAAUCCCGACACUAAAACCGCCACUAAUUCAACCCAAAUGACAUUCUCCCUUCUCCAACGCAACACUUCCCCGCCUCAACCCGGGGAGAGGAGGGGAAGGAGAAAACCGGCCGAACCAGGCCGGUUCCUCGGAGUAAGAAGAAGACCAUGGGGAAGAUAUGCAGCCGAAAUAAGAGACCCUACAACCAAAGAAAGACAUUGGCUUGGAACUUUUGAUACUGCCCAUGAAGCUGCCCUUGCUUAUGAUAGGGCUGCCCUUUCCAUGAAGGGUAUGCAAGCUAGAACCAACUUUGUUUAUUCUGAACCAAACAUAGCCUUCCAUUCUAGUAUCAUCUCGCCGGAGUUCCUCAUCACCACCACCACCACCACCACUCCUCCUCCUCCUACUAAUAAUAAUCAUAAUACCAAACAAACCCUAGUUAGCUCGUGUCAGGCUGACACGUGGCAGCAAACUGAAAGUGCUCCAAUUGUUUCUGAUAAUGACACAUGUUCACAAUCAUCGUACGGUUCAUCACCUAAUGAGACCAAUAACUACUUCAGUUUCUUCAAACAAACUGACACUAAUUCUGGAUAUCUAAGUUGUAUUGUCCCUGAUAGCUGCUUGAACCCACCGCCGCCGCCACCGCCGCAGCAGCCGACACAACCAGCCAUCCAUGAUUAUGAUCAUGAAUUUGAUCAAAACCCUUCAUUAAUUCAGUUGGAUGGUUAUGGAGAUCAUUUUGGGUUUAACUAUGGAUCAUCAUCAUAUGAUGAUCAUCAAUAUCAUCAUGAUGAUCAGUUGCUGACGUGGGGGACAAAUUACUCUUGUGAGCUGUCGGCGGUUAUCAACAGUCCUACAUUAAUGGUCGGAGAUGAUUAUGAUCGGAGCUAUGGUGACGGCGCCGGAAUGAUGAUGGGUCAGGAAGAGGCUGCACCGUCGUCGGCUACUUAUGGAGUUGACUUUGGAUACUCUCUCUUCUAA